CAAGUAGGGGGUGUGUUGGAGGGACUUCUGAGGGCAGCUUGUCCUGGAAGAAUGGGGGAAAGGCGGCAUGUAUUGCUGUCCCUGAGGACAUCUGUGUAGCUCCCUGGGAGACCCUCUGCCCUUUCCCCCUCCCACCAGCCCGGCGAGCAGGGACCAAGCCUGCUUAUUAUCACCUGACGCUGCGCAGCCACUGAUCCCAUUGGUGGAGCCAGAUUCGGUCUGGCUCUCUCGUUCUUUCUCCCUUCUCUGCCUCUCUCUCCUCCACGCUGCUUUGAUUUCUCUCUUGCCUCUCUCCUUGCGCUGCUCAGCUGGGAACAUCGUCUCACCAGGGGCAGCAGCGACGCGCUGCACAGCCAGACAGGAGCUGGCUGCGGGGCAUGGAAGCAGCCUCCUUGGCAGCCGGGAGAGGAGCGAGCGCACACCACUGCCUGUGACCCAGGCAUCCGGCUGCUGUCCCCUGCCUGGGAGCUCAUCCACACAGAGGUCUCUCCCUCUCCUCCCUGCCAGCUUUUCCUCUGCAGAGCCUAGUGGAGCCAGGAGGCAACCCUGACAGGAGCAUGGAGCUGCUGUCCACGCCCCACAGCAUUGAGAUCAACAACAUCACCUGCGACUCCUUCCGCAUCUCCUGGGCCAUGGAGGACAGUGACCUGGAGAGGGUCACUCAUUACUUCAUUGACCUUAACAAGAAGGAGAACAAGAAUUCCAAUAAGUUCAAGCACCGGGACGUCCCCACCAAGCUCGUGGCCAAGGCAGUGCCGCUGCCCAUGACGGUGAGAGGCCACUGGUUCCUGAGCCCCCGCACAGAGUACAGCGUGGCCGUGCAGACGGCAGUGAAGCAGAGCGACGGGGAGUACCUGGUGUCCGGCUGGAGCGAGACGGUGGAGUUCUGCACUGGGGAUUAUGCCAAGGAGCACCUGGCUCAGCUGCAGGAGAAAGCGGAGCAGAUCGCAGGCCGCAUGCUCCGCUUCUCCGUCUUCUACCGCAACCAUCACAAGGAGUACUUCCAGCAUGCCAGGACCCACUGCGGGAAUAUGCUGCAGCCUUACCUGAAGGAUAACAGCGGCAGCCACGGCUCCCCCACCAGCGGUAUGCUCCAUGGGGUCUUCUUCAGCUGCAACACGGAGUUCAACACGGGCCAGCCCCCGCAGGACUCCCCCUACGGCCGCUGGCGCUUCCAGAUCCCAGCUCAGCGCCUCUUCAAUCCCAGCACCAACCUCUACUUUGCGGACUUCUACUGCAUGUACACGGCCUACCACUACGCUAUCCUGGUGCUGGCGCCCAAAGGCUCCCUGGGGGACCGCUUCUGCCGCGACCGCCUGCCCCUCCUGGACAUUGCUUGCAACAAGUUCCUGACCUGCAGCGUGGAGGACGGGGAGCUGGUCUUCCGCCAUGCCCAGGACCUCAUCCUGGAGAUCAUCUACACCGAGCCCGUCGACCUGUCCCUGGGCACCCUCGGGGAGAUCAGUGGGCACCAGCUCAUGAGCCUGUCUACUGCCGACGCCAAGAAAGACCCCAGCUGCAAGACCUGCAACAUCAGCGUGGGCCGCUAGGGACUCCUGGGGAGCUGGGGGGCGAGGGAGAGAUGAGCGGAAGGUGGAGGUGGGUAGCCCAGGUUCAGGGAGCUGGUUUUCUCUCUCCUGCCCCCCUGCUCCCUCCACUCUGCCCAGCUGCCCUCCCCUCGCCCCUUGCCAUUGGAGGCAACAGAUGGUGGUCCUCUUGGUAAGUGUGGCCCACCCCCAGCCUGGUGGACGUGGAAAGGCUUCUCAGCCUCUGUAGUUGGCAGCUGGGCUGGACUUCUGGAGAACUUCCCCUUUCCUCUGGUUUUCUUGCCCUACUGUUCUUUGCCUCAUCCAGGUCUCUAUCUCCCAAAGACCUGCCCACCUCCUGGGAUCUCCCAGGGAAGCCCCUCUGGGCCAAAGCCCACGUGUAGCUUGGCUGCUUCCAGAAGAGAUGCAGAGAGCUGUGGGGCGAUCUUUCUUAGUCCCACUCACCCCACUCAGGGCCAACCACAGAAUGCCCCCUCCCUGCUGAGCUGGGUCUCUGGGGCUUCCCACUCCAGGCCCGGAUCCCUUCCUUCUAUAAAUAGUCUCCUGCACCACCGUGACUCCCUGGCUGCUCCUUGCCCCAAAGAACCCUCUUCCUGCAUGGGAGAGCUGUCCCUCCUUCUCCACCUGCCCACCGGGACACUCCCCCUGCUCCCUAGAAAGGAACUCUCUUUCUUCUCUUGGCAAUGGAGGCGUCAGGCUGUCAGAUGUUCCUUCCUUCCAUACCCCAGCAUACCUUCUCCUUGCUUAGAGUGCAGGGGUCUGAGACAGCAGCCACUGGGGUUGAGGAGGGGGAGGAGACCCCUGAGACCCAGAGGUGCCCCUUCCUUAGCUGGGAGUGGGCCACGUCAUGCUCUGCUGGGGCCUGGCAUGGAACGUGAGACCUGUAAGCUGUCCCGCGGGGCCCCAGCACCCCGCCCAGCUGUGCACUUUGCUCACUCGCUCUGCCACGGUGCCAUGGCUGUACUGUGCCCGUGCGUGACCUGGACUGUGGACCCUCUGCUGCUCCACCUCUCCCCUGCCCACUGGCUCUGUCUGCUCUCCUGCCACCCUGCUGGCCGGGAGCCCCUCCCCGGGGAGUUCUUGGUCCUUCCCGGGCCUCCUUGUGUUUUUGCCUCAUUCCUACUGUCGCACAGGUCACGAGGGUGGACUCCCUACGAUCAACAAAGCAAACAGAGAGCCUGUGGGAGGGGCUGACAGCAGCAGCCGGCUGUUUGGGGGAUGACGGAGGUGACAUCAGGCGGAGGAGAGUGCAGCCUCACAGUGACUUUCUCAGAGGUGACAGAGAUGAUGGAUGAGCGGCUGGAUUUCUGUGAAGGAUGGAAGCAGCAGCGGGCUGGCAAGGCCAUACCUCGGUGAGGGGCAGGUGGACAAUGGUCACCUCUCUGUAGCCAGGGGCAGUUGUGUGGCCAGCUGUCUCUCUGGGAUGAGUCAGGAGGCCUGGAGGCUUGGGGAGAGGUGUGGAGAAGGAGAGAACAUGGCCCAGGCCCUUUCCUUCCCCCGUGCUGACAGCAUUGCUGUGGGGGUGGCCCACUGCCCUCCCCUGGCCCUCAUGUCCCCCCGGGGCUGGGGUCCGCCUGCCUGUGCUGUGCUUGCGACGUGCAUCAAUAAACCACCAUGGCCUGAGGGCCCUGCUCGUCUCAG